UGAAACCAAUUCUUUUGUGAAGCUCCUUUCCCGACCUGUCUACAGUGAAGAAGAGCUUGGAAGAAGAUAAUAGAUCUUAUUUCGUCUCAAACAGUAUCUCCAUUUUUGACGGACGCUGAAAGCUGAACCGUCAGUAUGAAGGCUAUCUACCUCUUGUGUCUGGUGCUGACCGUGGCCGUUGUGCAAGGAGGGCGCGUGAAGCGAGCUGCUACAGAGCAAAGCAGUGAGAAGAGGGAGGCGUUCAUGAACGAUCUGGAAAAACUGCGCUUCUUCGAAAAGCAGUUCGCCAGGGAUGGUCAAAUGCACGACAAGGGGCUGAAGGCGGCUCAAGCUGUGCGUGAUUUCCUGAAUGUGGGAAAAGCCUGGGCAGCCAAGAAGAGAGGUCUGAAAGCAGCAGCCAGUUCUGACGACGAGAAGGUGGGGAAACGGGGAGCUUUCAUGAACGACAUGCAGAACGCCGUUCUGUUUGAGAAGCAGUUCAGCAAGAAAGGAGAACUCUCCCCAAAUGAGAUGAAGGCAGCCAAAGCAGUCCGUGAGUAUCGGGAAUUUGCGGCAGCUUGGCAGGAAAGGAAGAAUGCUGGAGAGAAGAGGGAAAACCUUCUGUCCGAUCUGCAAAAAACCAUCGACUUCGAGAAGAAGUUCUACCCAGAGGGGAAGCUGUCGCAACACGAGAGGAAGGCCGCGAAAGCAGUUGGCGACUACCUGAAGUCAGGAAAGGCAUGGGAAGCGAAGAAGAAGGGGCUGAAGGUACAAGGGAGUCGCUCAACCGAAGGCGGCGAAGAAAAGCGAAGCAGCUUCCUGAACAACCUCAAGGAAACCCUGCAGUUCGAGAAGCAGUUCUACAAGAAGGGAAAGAUGUCUCCUCAAGAAAGCAAGGUGGCCAAAGAAGCCCGUGAGUUUCUGAAGAUUGGCCAAGCUUGGGAGAAGAAGAAGGGCAAGAAUUGAAGAAAGAAGGGAAAACGAUAAGAAUUAGACAUUGAAUGGCAAAAUGUCUGAAAAAAUUCCUCAUGAAUGUGUCUCAUAUGUUAUAGCGUAGUAGUCUGUGGGCCGACGUUAGUGGCAAUAACAUUAGAUAUUUGGGGUACUUUUAGGUUGCUAGAUUUGGCGCAGUAAAUAGAUGUGCAAUGGCGAAAUUCAUUGUCCAAAUUAUGUCAACUAGUCAUGUAACAACUUUAAAAGAAAACUAGUAUUUCAACUUGAUCUCAUUUAACGCACACAUCCAUACUGUAAGCUAUCAUAGAAAUAUGUCAUCUACGCACAAAGGCAACAACAGCGUUGUAAUGGGCCAGAAUUCCAGGGAUACAUUCUGGCUUGCAACACCGGGGGUUCGUGAAAUAUAUAGUCACGGAUCGUGGCGACGGACACGUUACGGAAUACGGACACCGAAAACUGGCGGGAAAAACGACAGGAAAAAAGGCACUUGGACUUGCAUAACAGCGUAGGGAGCGAACUUCACACUAACUUUAAGGGUCAGUGUAGUACAUUAUGUUUGGGGAAAACGGUAAAGGCAGUGUUGGCCAUAUUGGGGUUCUUUAAGAUGGAUAGUUAGUGAUACCAGAAACAUAGCACUAGUGACGCAUGAAACAUAUUGCAUGCUUUUGUAGGAAAUGGAUCGUAUUUGAAAUAAUGUUCUUGAAGAAUA